AUGUUGAUGCCAGCGGGUCUUCUAGCCAACAAGAGCGCCAUCAUCACUGGUGGCACAACUGGCAUUGGUCGUGCGAUCUGCCUCGAGUUCCUACGACAAGGUGCUCAUGUCGUGGUCAACCACCUGGGCCUUGAAAAGGACAAGGGCCACCUUGAAUCACUCAUUGACGAAGCCGAAGCCAUUCGCAAAGCAUCCUCAACAGCUGGCCACCUUGAGCAUCAAGCAGGCGACGUCCGCGACCCAGCGACAGCGACAGAGCUGGUCAAGAAAGCCGUUGAGCACUCCCCCAAGAACAGGCUUGAUGUGUGUGUCUCUAAUGCGGGAAUCUGCACAUUUGCCGAUUUCUUGACACUCGAGCCGGACUUGCUUCAUUCUACAGUGAGAACGAACCUGGAUGGCGCUUUUUACGUAGUUCAGGCUGCUGCAAGACAGAUGGCACUCAACCAAGAGCCCAAGGGCGGAAGUAUUAUCGGUGUCUCGUCCAUCUCAGCACUUGUCGGUGGUGGUCAGCAAACACAUUAUACUCCCACCAAGGCAGGUGUCCUGAGCUUGAUGCAGAGCACAGCGUGUGCCCUAGGAGAACACAACAUCCGGUGCAACGCUCUUCUGCCAGGCACAAUCCGCACGCAGCUCAACGACGCCGAUCUGGCUGAUGAUACCAAGAGAACUUACAUGGAAGGACGUAUCCCUCUGGGACGAACAGGUUCACCCUCUGAUAUGGCUGGCCCGGCCGUCUUCUUGGCGUGUCCAGAGCUGAGCGGAUACGUGACGGGCGCACAACUUCUCGUCGACGGCGGUCUGUUUGUCAACCUUCAAUGA